AUGGGUUCUGUGGACUGCGCAAAGUGCCUGGGGGGUACCCUCAUCCCUCUGGCCGUGUUGGGCACCCUGGCAAAUAUUCUACUCUUCUUUCCUGGAGCUUACAAAAUAGACAACAAUCUAAACCUCUCUGAAGAGGUCUGGUAUUUUGGAGGAAUAUUAGGAUGUGGGGUCUUGAUGAUUUUUCCUUCUGUCUCAUUGAUCAAUCUGACGAAGAGUGAUUGCUGUGCAGAAGAUGGCAAGGAGGACUGUGGGAAGAAGCUCAAAAUGUUUAACGCCAUGAUAUUUGCUGGGACUGGCAUUGUAGGGACUGUAUAUGCAUUUGUCAUCUCAGUGGUUGCUAUUAAUAGGGGGCCCAAAUGUUUUGUGGGAAACAAUACAUGGACAUAUCCUUUUCAUAAUGGGAACUAUCUCAAAGAAGACUUGUGGAGUAGCUGCAUAAAACCUGUUAAUAUUGUGCCCUGGAACCUAAGUCUCUUCUCCAUCCAGCUCAUAAUAAGCAGCAUUCAGAUGUUACUCUGUGGCAUUCAAGUGGUCAAAAGUUUCUUUGCAAUUAUCUGUGAAAAGUGCCGAUGUCCUGAGACCUCUGAGUGUCUGAGCAUAGGAGGAUGUAAGCGAUAGCAAAGCAGAC